AUGAGUUCCUGCGGCAAGUGUAGCCAAUCGGUGAGUCGUGCUCCUGCGAAUCCUAAACUACUUUGCAAGGACUGUAAUUCGUAUUACCAUCCUGAUUGCGUUAAAAUAAAGGAAUCUGAUCUAGCAUUUCUAAAAGAUAAGCCCUGGAGUUGCCCGGCUUGUGUUGAUGCUCUACGUAUGUCAAGACUCGCUUCGGACUCGACACCGGUAAAAAUUAAUAAUCCUUCAAAUGUGAGUGAUAGUCCAACAUCUAUAAAAUUAAUUGAAAAACUCGUGGGUGAUUUGAGGAGCGAUUCCGACAGUAAACAGAGUGAGGUGGUUGAGGGUUUACAGGAGCUAAAACGAAUCAUCAUCGGUGGAAGAGAUAAGGUGAAUGAGUGGACUGACAUCAUCACAAAGCAAAGUGAGAUCAUUGAUCGUCAGCAGACCCUCAUUGACUCGCUUAAAAAAGAUGUUGAGAGUACACUGUGUCGUCUACAAGCAGCAGAGGAUCGACUUCAAACAGCGGAAGAAAGAAUAGACAAUAUGGAGCAGUAUUCGCGGCGCAGCACACUGGAAAUACAUGGCGUUCCAGAGGUGGAGAAUGAACAAGUAAUGGACACGCUGGCCGAGGUGGGGAAGUCGAUUGGCUUGGAAAUAACACAAGACAUGGUGGGUGCAUGUCAUCGACUACAGCCAUUCAAAGGGAAACCAGGUACGAAGCAGCCGCCCCCCAGCAUCAUCGUCAAAUUUGUUAGAAGCCAGCAUGCUGAUCAAAUGAUGGAGAUGAGAAGGAAAAGGGGUACGCUGGAAAGACAUCACAUUGGAGGUUUCAGUGGCAAGGGGCCGGUGUUCAUAAACUGCAGCCUCACAUCGGGGAGAAGAAAACUACUAGGCUUGGCUUGUCGGCUGAAGAGAGAGCAGAAAAUAAAGGAUGCAUGGGUUGACCAGAAUUGGAAUGAUUCAAAACGUUUCUUGAACCAGGUGGAUAGAUCGGUCAAUGAAUUGGUAUGCAUAGGUACUAACGUACGAUCACUCAGAAAAUAUUGUGAUACAAUAGAUCUAGAAUUACAGGAUGUAAUCAAGGGCAUAGACGUCAUAAUCUUAAGUGAAGUCAACUUAAAUUCACAAGAAAUUAGCUUGUAUGGUAUGCCGGGAUAUGGUAGUAUUUUCAAAUGUAGACAGGAAGGAAGAGGUGUUUACAGUUUAGAAGUAAGGUUUUACAAUAUGCAGAUGAUAAUGUAUUAUAUUUAG